AUGCGAAAUCAUUUAUUGGUGGGAAUUUUGGUGAUUUCAAGUGUCUACAGUAUUCCUGUGGACAAUAAUGUGGAAGGAGAGCCCGAAAUCGAAUGUGGACCGACUUCAAUUACAGGUGGGCUUUUCGGGAUGGAACAUUCGAGAUUUUCAGAUUUUUCGGGCUGAAAAUGUGAAGAAAAAAGAAAAAAUCAUCAAAAAUUAAUGACAAAAACAAAAAAAUGCGAAAAAAAAUCGAUUUUUUUUGAGGAAAAAAACAACUUGAGAAAAGUGAAAAUUUGCUUUUUAAAGAGGGUAGAUCAAAAAACAAUUUGUCAAAAAAAAACUUUGUUGGAAAAUUCUUUUUUGAAUUUCAAAACUUUACGCUUUUCAGCUGAAAAUUAGCAAAUCUAGACGUUACCUGAAUUUUUGAGCAUUGCUCAUAUUAGCACUGAAUUUUUGAGCCAAAAAUUAGGUUCUCUGAAUUUUAGAGCAUUGCUCAUAUUAUAUUUUUCACUGAAAAAUCCAUUUCCAGCUAAAAAUCAUGAUUUUUAGCUCAAAAUUGUCAGAUUUUUAUGAUUUUUAGCUCAAAAUUCGCCAAAAAAUCCCAAUUUUCUUCCAGUAAACUUCAACACUCGUAACCCAUUCGAAGGUCACGUUUACGUCAAAGGACUUUUCGAUCAACAAGAAUGUCGAAAUGAUGAAGGCGGAAGACAAGUUGCCGGAAUCGAGUUGCCUUUUGACACGUGUAACGUGGCCCGAACUCGAUCGUUGAAUCCAAAAGGAGUUUUUGUCACUACAACUGUCGUCGUCUCGUUCCAUCCACAAUUUGUGACCAAAGUUGAUAGGUAGGGAAGGGUUUUGGGGGAAAAUUGGAAAAUUUGCGAAAAAUGAUUGAUUUUGAGCCAGAAAUCGUGAAAAAUAAUGAAUUUUGACCUUAAAUUUGGUAGUUAACGUGAAAUUGUUUUAAUAUGAGCAAUGCUCCAAAAAUCACUUUAUUUUAAAUUUUGAUUCAGAAACAUCUGGAAAAUUUUAAUUUAUUGAUUAACAUGAGCAAUGCUCAAAAAAUCACUUUGUUUUGAAUUUUGAUUCAGAAACUUCUGGAAAAUUUUAAUUUCUUGAUGAAAAAUGCGAAAUUUUGUCCAAAAGCCGAUUUUGAUAUGAGCAAUGUUUGAAAAAUUACAAAAUUUCGAAUUUUUGACCUGAAAAUUCAAUUUUUAUUAAUAUGAGCAAUGCUAAUAAUUUUUUGAAUUUUAUAUCAAAAUUCACUAAAUUUUCCAGAUUAACAUGAGAAAUCCUCAAAAUUAUUGAAAAUUUCGAUAUUUUAGUUUAAAAUUAUUCAAAACCCCUGGAUUUUGCCUUAAAAUUCAUCAAAUUUUCCAAAUUUUACCUCGAAACACCCCAAAUUUUCCUACAGAGCCUACCGUAUCCAAUGCUUCUACAUGGAAGCCGACAAAACCGUCUCAACUCAAAUCGAAGUCUCCGAUUUGACCACCGCCUUCCAAACUCAAGUCGUUCCAAUGCCAAUCUGUAAAUACGAGAUUUUGAACGGUGGACCGACUGGAGAACCUGUGCAAUUUGCCACAAUUGGACAACAAGUUUACCAUAAAUGGACCUGUGAUUCGGAAACUGUCGACACUUUUUGCGCUGUCGUUCAUUCGUGUACUGUUGAUGAUGGAAAUGGUGAUACUGUACAGGUUGGUGGGAAAUUUGGGCUGAAAAUGACCUGGAAUUCGAUUUUCAGACUGAAAAUUACCUCAAAUUUGACCCUGAGCUUUAUCUAAGCGUUAAAAAUUCGAAAUUUUCGAACACCGGAGGUAUUUUCAGUGUGAAAUUCAGGUAUUAACGUUGAAAAUGACCUAAAAUUGACCUGAAAUAAAUUUUUCCUUCAAUUUUCAUCUGAAUUUGAAUUUUUACGUUGAAAAGACCUGCAGCAUUGAUUUCAAACAAGAAUUUAACAUGAGCAAUGCUCCAAAUUUCAUAUUUUGUUUAACAUGAGCAAUGCUCAAAAAAUCACUUUAUUAUAAAUUUUUGAUUAGUAUGAGCAAUGCUUCAAAAAUGCUUUUCCAUCAUCAAGCUUAAAAAAUAACUGAAUUUCGAAUUUUGGACUUGACAAUUUGAAUUUUCAUUAAUAUGAGCAAUGCUCCAAAAAUAACCGAAUUUCGAAUUUCGGACCUGAAAAUUCGAAUUUUCAUUAAUAUGAGCAAUGCUCCGAAAAUCACUGUUCUAAAUUUUUGAACAAAAAUUUCAAAUUUUGUUUAACAUGAGCAAUGCUCCAAUAAUCACUUUAUUCUAAAUUUUUGAAAAAUUGUAUUUUAGCUUAAAAUCUAAUAAAAAUUCUGAAUUUUGGCUCAAAAUGAUCUAAAUUUUCGAAAUUUCAUGUCAAAAUGCUCCAAAUCUCCCCAAAAAUCCAAAUUUUCUUCAGAUCCUCGAUGAAAACGGUUGUGCUCUCGACAAAUUCUUGCUCAACAACCUGGAAUAUCCAACAGAUCUAAUGGCCGGACAAGAAGCCCACGUCUAUAAAUACGCCGAUCGCUCACAACUAUUCUAUCAAUGUCAAAUUUCGAUCACAAUCAAAGAGCCAAACGAGGAAUGUGCUCGACCAACAUGCAGUGAACCACAAGGUUUUGGAGCACAAAAACAUAAUGCAACUCAAGCGCAAUUUUUCCGCGUUUUGAAGAAGAGAUCUGCGGAGAGAAUUGAGAAUGUUUUGGACGUGAGAGCUGAAUUGACAACUUUGGAAGUUUUGGAGAGCGAUGUGAGUUUAGAUGUUGAAAGUUCGGGAUUUUUGGGUUAAGAUGAGCUGAAAAAUACGGUUUUUAACUUCAAAAAGAGCCCGAAAUGCUCCAGACCUUGAAUUUCAUAUCAAAAUGUUCCAAAUCCCGGGAAAAAUGCAAUUUUUGACCUGAAAUUGAUCUGGAAUGCUCCAAAAUCGCCCCGAGCUGAAAAAUGAGCAAUUUUGACUCAUUUUGAUUCUAAAGUUCAUGGAAAACGCGAUUUUGAACUGGAAAAGCUCAAAAAUGCUCCAACACCAGUGAAAAAGCGAAUUUUUAACCUGAAAUGCUCAAAAAAUGCUCCGAGCUGGAAAAUGUGCAUUUUUGGGCUCAUUUUGACUAUAAAUUUAGUCAAAAUGCUCCAGACCUUGAAUUUCAUAUCAAAAUGCUCCAAAUAUUGUGAAAAAUGACAAUUUUGAACUGGAAAUGCUCAAAAAAAAUGCUCCGAGCUGAAAAAUGAACAUUUUUGAGCUUCGAGCUCAUGGAAAAUACGAUUUUGAACUGGAAAAGCUUAAAAAUGCUCCAACAGCAGUGAAAAAUGAGAAUUUUUGACCUGAAAUGCUCAAAAAAAUCGCUCAGAGCUCAAAAAUGAUAAUUUUUGGGCUCAUUUUGACCUCAAAUUCAUGGAAAACACGAUUUUGAACUGUAAAUGCUAAAAAAUGCUCCAAAUUUUGUGAAAAACGAUAAUUUAUGACCUGAAAUGCUCAAAAAUUGGCCCGAGCUGAAAAAUGAGCAUUUUCUUGUUCCUAAAAUCAUGAAAAACGGGAUUUUUGACCUAAAAAUGCUCAAAUCCGGAUUUUUUGUAUAAAAAAUGAAUUUUAAAUUGCCACCUAUAGGUCACUCCCUGAAAAUUGUUCAAAAAUGUAUAUUUUUCAAGUGUUUAACAUGAGCAAUGCUUCAAUUUUUGACCUAAUUUUCAAGAGCUCGAAAGUGCUCUAAAUCCCCAAUUUCCAGCUGCCCGCCUCUCUCCGAACCUCCCCACAAGCCCUGAUUUCCCAAUCGGAACGUUUCGAGGAGAACAUCUGUAUGACACCGUAUGUUGCUAGUCUUUUGGUCGCCGGACUCUGUGUUUUGAUGUUGGUCUCUGUCAUCACAACAUUCUUCUGUUUGAGAAUCACACCAGCCACCAAAAAAGUUCAACAAAGUUGUUAG